GGGGUAAGGUGUUUAUACACUCCUCCCUGGAACUCUGCCCUCAGACACUGCUUCCUGGAACUCUGCCCUCGGACUCUGCUCCGGAUCACCGAGAUAAGGUGUUUAUACACACCUCUCUGGAACUCUGCCCUCAGACUCUGCUGCGGAUCCCCAAGGUAAGGUGUUUAUACUCACCUCUCUGGAACUCUGCCCUCAGACUCUGCUCUCUGGAAAUAGGCUGUGAAUCCCCAAGGUAAGGUGUUUAUACUCACCACUCUGGAACUCUGCCCUCCGACUCUGCUCCCUGGAACUCUGCUCUGGAACUCUGCUCUGCGACUCUGCUCUCCGACUCUGCUCCCUGGAACUCUGCUCUGCGACUCUGCUCUCCGACUCUGCUUCCUGGAACUCUGUCCUCCGACUCUGCUCCGUGGAACUCUGCUCUCUGACUCAGCUCCGUGGAACUCUGCUCUCUGACUGUGCUUCCUGGAACUCUGCUCUCUGACUGUGCUUCCUGGAACUAGGCCGCGAAUCUCCGAGGCAAGGUGUUGAUAUUCACCUCUCUGGAGCUCUGCCCUCCGACUCUGCUCCCUGGAACUCAGCUCUGCGACUCUGCUCCCUGGAACUCGGCUCUCCGACUCUGCUGCCUGGAACUAGGCUGCAAAUCCACGAGAUGCUGCCAGAUCUGCUGGGUAUUUCCAGCAUUUUCUAUACAAGGAAUAAAUUCACCUUUGUCCUGACUGUGGAUUUCACAAGGGAGUGAGAGCAGCUGAAUUGAUCCCACUGUAUCAUCACAAGUGCCUGUGUUUAUACACUCUAUAUUUAGCACACUGUGUAUACAGCGUCAUCCAUUUAGGGGGUGGGGUUAAAGUUUGCAAGCUCAAGUUUUUAUGUGAGAAGGGACAAAAACAAGGCAGACUUAGUGGGACAGAUAAUUUGUAAUGAAAACAGGACUGUGAUCUGAGGAAUAAGGGGAAUUAACUUCCAACAUUAUUUUGCAUUGAAUUAUAAGUGAUUGAGAAUGGCGGGGAAUGAAUGGAGAAGGGAAUAGUUGCCUGUCGCAAGAUCAAAAGGCUCUUUUUAUUGGGCAUUUCCAACCAAACAUGUUCCCUAAAUCUGGCGUCAGAUGUAAAAGAACCAAUAGGAAUGAGAGACACAGAAUCGGCUUUCCUAAACCUUGUCACCAAAUGGACAGCAGCACAGGUAUCUCUCCUAACGCUGCUUUGACUCACGAGGCUGUCGCAGAUGUGGAAUGGGCCCCUGACCCAACAGCAUGUGCUGCCCCUUUCUCUUCUGCCAGUCCUCCCCAGGCCAGCAGCAACUCGGCAUCGCCAGGUUUCGGAUGUAUGAUACCGAGGAAUAAAGAGCAGAACAUGAAUCCAAUGGCCGCAGGGACCCUAUUCGGUUCAGCUAACAUGCAGCUGACAGGCAGCAACCCAGGGAAAUCUGGUAGCCCUAGUUGCAGCCUUGCAGCAGUGCGGACACAGGAUCAGGGACCAGGCACCAGAUUAAAGGGCUUCUCUUUCAGGAAUUUAAAGCAGGCUUGGAGUAGCAGCAGUCGACGUGGAAGCCAGGCCACCACCCAAGCACUCCACAGCAAGGCAGAACAGAGGGCUAAAGGGAGGGCAGGGGCUCUCUUUACGUUGGGCUGGGGAAGAAAGAAAAUAAUAGGCUGUGAAACACUGGGUGACACUGAUCAAAAGCAAAACCAUCCCACGCCAGCAGGUGAAGCUGUGAAAAAGCUGGAUGCAGGAGACUCGGGGACCUUUGCUAAUGUUGCAGGUUGGCAUGGUGCAGCUCCUGGGGGUGAGGAGCAGGUUUCGAGCACAGCAACUGAAAAAGGUGGUGUCUUCAGUCAGCAGAGUGCGAAUGAGAUGGACUGCGGUACAAGUGGGUAUGCUGGACUCAGCCACGAAACACACAGCCCUGGCAUAAAAACAAGCCGCAAUAUUACCAGUUGGAAUUGGAAGAGUGAGAAAGCAGGGCCAUUUGGUAACCUUACGUUCAGUCAACUAGCAGCAGGAGGUGAGGAUGGAAUACUCGGAAAACGAGGUGAAAAUCUCUUUGCAUUCAGUAACAGGAAUCAGAUUGGAAGCAUAACAGCUCCAUUCAGUUAUCGUGACUCAGGUUGUAGCAUGAUGGAUGAUGAGUAUCAGACACCCAUAAAAGCUACCAACAGUGCUGCCACCGCUGAUGCAAAUAUGAACCAGAUGGACAUCAUAGCAGAGUCACUUGAGACUAUGGAACAAGAGCCUGCCAGUAUUGAAAGGAGUAGCAGCUACACAAGAACACUGAGGAAGUUAAGCGUCAAAGAUGAUGAUCUGGAUACAGCAGCAGCAAGUGACAGAGAAACACCGAUGAAGGAAACAAAGAAGUUGCGCUUCUCUAUCGAUUUGCUUGAUGCAUUGGAGCAGACUAACACAGAUAGUUGCGCUGCAAUCAGAAAGACUCUGAGAGAUUACAAUGACAAUGAUCUUCGCAAAGUCACUGAAUUCUACAGGCAGAGAAUAGAAGAAGCCAUUGAGGAAUUUGUAGAAGCUAUCAGCCUAGUGAUACUAAAUGAAUUAAAGUCAGAUGGCCAUCAGUACAGGGAAAUCCAGCAACUGGUGAGGGACGGGCAUCAUCGGGAAGCAUCCAAACGUCUCCUGGACACCGUGAUGGAGAGUGGAGUUCAGGCAGGGAGAGCGAUGUGGGAAACCUUUGUAAAGAUGAAGUGCACAAAACCAAAACUGAGAAAAAUACUACAAGAUAUUGAAAAUAAAGGAGCCGACCUACCAUUGGAAGUGAGCAAAAGUCUAAUGGAAACCAAAGUGUCCAACUAUCUAAAAGAAAUCCAGGUCCAACACAAAAAAUUCCUUCAUGAAAAGAAUAAGAAAUUAUCAGUCAAUGUUAUCAAUGGGGAAAAGGUUAUAUCCUCCCUGGAGGAUCAAUAUACAGAACAGGUCAUCAUCGUUUCUGAUCCUGAACAGAGUGUUUCAAGACUUGACAUAAGAGUGAGAGGGAAACGGCGUGAGGAAGGUCAAAGGAAGAUGAUCAAAGAACAAUGGGAAACUGUGAGAAUUGGUCAGUUGUUCAGGAGCAGCUUUGGGAAAAGCAGCCGAUCCGGGACUGCAGUGGUCAGUGGUCCAGCAGGGAUUGGAAAGACCACCAUGGUCCAGAAGAUUGUCUGUGACUGGGCCAAAGGGAAAAUAUACCAACAGUUUCAGUUUGUGUUCCUCUUUAGAUUUCGAGACCUCAACAUUAAAGGCAGAACAAGUUUUAAGAAACUGAUCCUAGAUUCAUAUCCUCACUUUAAGAAUAGGAUUGAGCAUCUCUGGGAGGAACCACAGGGACUGCUAUUUAUAUUGGAUGGUUUAGACGAGUUUAAGGAGAAGAUUGAUUUCACAGACAGGAAGAGAAAUACACUGACCGAGCACGAAUGUUUCCACCCAGAAUGUGAAUGUGAGUUGUCUGACAUUGUGCGAUGUCUGAUUCAACAGAAAGUAUUGAAAGGCUGUUCAGUACUCAUCACAACCUGCUCGACUGAACUGGAGUCAUUGAGAAAGGCUGAGAUCAAUUUGUGGGCAGAGAUCAUGGGCUUCUUAAAGGAACAGCGCAAGGAGUACUUUAAAAAAUACUUUACAGACCAGAGACUAGCGGAGAGAGUUUUCACCUACUUGGAACAGAAUGACAUCCUGUACUCCAUGUGUGACAACCCCUCCUACUGCACAAUCGUCCAUUACUCACUAGCCCCAGGAUUAAGACAAAGGCAGGAGACACAGUCAACACUCCCUACAACAGUCACUCAGCUAUUUGCAAGUUACAUAGCAAACAUUUUCAAGAACCAUGAGUUCAAUAUUUAUAAACAACAUGAUCUCAGACCUGAACAAAUUCGUGACCUGGUACUCCGAACUGGUGAAAUAGCCUAUUUCGGAAUCUGUAACAACAUCACUCGGUUCAAUGAGAAGCAGCUAAAUGACUUCAAAUUGGAGCGACAAGAGACCCUGCCAGGGUUUAUGAUACAACAUCGAGACACAGAAACAUCUCAAACCAUCUUCUCGUUCAUUCACAUCACCCUCCAGGAGUUUGUGGCAGCUCUGGCUAAAUACCUGACUGAAGAUCCACAAAAUCUGGCACUACUCUCAGCAGAAUCCAGGAAUAAUGUCCAAUUGAAGACAUUCCUCAGAUUUCUGGUUGGUCUCUCCUCGUCAGGUUCAGCUCAGAUACUCGGAGGGAUUCUGGGGUCCUUUCUUCAUCAGGCCACCGCCCGCAGCGUGAUCCACUGGGUGAAGAAACAAACUGAAAGCAACCUCAGCAAUACCCAGAAUAACCUCAACACACAGAAUAAACUCAGCAGGUGCAAACUGCUGGAAUCACUGUACUAUCUGUUUGAGUCACAGAAUGCAGAAUUAGUGCAGUCCACUGUGGGAUUGGGAGGGAAAGUCACACUUGGUCAUGACUGUUGUUACAAUACAAUCCGACUGAUGCCUGUGGACUGCGCUAUGCUGGCGACUGUCAUUGAUCAUUGUAAUGAGAUGCAGGAGCUUAACCUCAAUAACUGCCGCCUAGGGAGUGAAGGGAUCCAGAGACUGGCACCUGUUCUACACAAAUGCAAAAUACUCAGACUGAGGGGUAAUUAUCUGACUGAUGAAGGAAUGAAACUGCUGUCAGCUACACUGAGGAGGCCGGACUGUAAAAUACAGACACUGGACUUGUGUUCCAACGAUAUCUCCCACAUGGAUGCCCAGCCACUUGCAAUGGGUCUCACCAGUAACUCGUCACUGACGCAGCUUUUUCUAAGUAAGAAUAAACUGGGAGACACUGGAGUGAAAAGCCUAUGUGAGGCAUUGAGCAACUGUCACUGUAAAAUACAGACUCUGGAGCUCUGUGAGAAUCUGAUUCGAAAUAAUGCUGUUGAUCAACUGAUUUUCACUGUCAGUAACAACCGAUUUUUAACCUGCUUAAAUCUGAAUAAGAACAAACUCGGAGACCAGGGACUUAAACUGUUGACUGUCACACUGAGUCAGCAGAGCUGUCCGAUCCAAACACUACAACUGGAGGAUAAUGGGAUGACAGAUGCCUCCGCAGAGGAACUCACCAGGAUUCCCAUUAGAAACUUGUCAAUGACGCGACUGAACCUGUCCAAAAAUCUGUUCACAGACCAAUCCAUUAACGCUCUUCAGAAUCUGAUCAAGAGACACACCAACCUGCAGGAGAUCAGUUUGCAGAUGAAUAAGUUCAGUCCAAAUGGAGCCAACUAUCUUCAGUCACUGAGUAAUCACAGAGCUGGACUGUGUGUGAAAGUGUACACCUCGAUAAUCAGCAAAGGAUCUGGGACAUCAGCCUGAUUACAGACUACCGACAUCAAUCAACGUUACAGAGAAGAGACUCAUGGGGACAGGAAAGUCCACAUAGUUAUGAUAAGUAACAGUCAUCAAGGACAGUUUCACUAGAAAAUCCCUCUGAAUGAGCUUCCAGAUUAUUGUGACAAGAAUUCUGUUAGAUCAACAACAUCAAGGUCUUUUCGAAUUUUAUCUGUUUGAAAUAAAUGUUCCCACCCUUCA